AUGAAACUUUUUCAUAUACCUUUAAUUAAUUAUCCAAAUUUAAUCUAUCUUCAAAAAGAAAUAAAUAAUUUAAAUACUUUAUCAGACUUCUAUGAUGAGUUUAAACGCAAUGAAAAAAUUUGGUCAAAUAUUCUUUGGACCGAACUUGAUAUAAAUGAUUUGAUGAUUAAUGUGGAUUUAUUUAUUAAAAAUUUUCGACGAUUAUCAUCAGAUAUAAAAAUAACAAGUGUCGGUCGUGUAGUAGAAAAGUAUUUAACAGAUUUUCGUUCAUCUCUUCCAAUUAUGGUUGAUUUAAAAAAUGAAGCAUUACGAGAACGUCAUUGGAAACAAAUUAUUCAAGAAACUAAUAUUGAUAUUGAUCUAACAAGUAAUGUUCUUACAUUAGAAAAUAUCUUUCAAAUGAAUUUAUAUCAAUAUAAUGAUAUUCUUCAAAAUAUUUUACAAACUGCUAUUAAAGAAUUACAAAUCGAAAAGAAUCUUAAAGAUAUUCAACAACAAUGGAAUACAAUGCAUUUUCAAAUACAUAAACAUAUUCGUAAUACAACUAUACAACAAGAUCGUAGUAGUUUCAUCAUAUCUGGUGUUGAUGAUAUUCUUCAAGCACUCGAAGAUUCAACAUUACUUCUUAAUAGUAUAACAACAUCACGUUUUGUUGGUAUUUAUCUUUCACAAGUUGAACAAUGGAUUCGAAUUCUAUCGUUAAUAUCCGAUGUUAUUAAACUAUGGAUAAUUGUUCAACAAAAAUGGAUAUAUCUUGAAAAUAUAUUCCUCGGUUCUAGUUUACAAUUUGGUGAUGAAGCAAAACGAUUUGAUACAGUUGAUAAAUUAUCUCGAAAAAUUAUGCUUGAUACAUCUCGAAAUUCAUUGGUAAAAGAUGCUUGUACACAUCCUGGUCGAUAUGAUGAAUUAAAAUCAAUAUUAAAUUUAAUUGAAAAAAUUCAAAAGAAUUUAAAUGAUUAUUUAGAUACAAAACGUCAAUUAUUUUCAAGAUUUUAUUUUCUAUCUGAUGAUGAACUUCUUUCAAUUAUUGGACAAUCAAAUCCAAAUGAUAUUCAAGAAUAUUUACAAAAAAUGUUUGAUAAUAUCGGUGCAUUAAAUUUUAUUCAAUACGAUAAAACAGUGGAUAUCGAAGAAGAAUAUCAACAAAAUUUAAUUUAUGCAAUAGGAAUGAUAUCAUUAGAAAAAGAAGAAAUGAGUUUUAUAAAUCCAAUAGAAUGUAAUGGAAAAGUUGAAAUAUGGAUGAAUAAUAUUGAAAAAGAAAUGAAAUAUUCAAAUCGUUGGAUAACCAAAGAAGCGAUUUUUUAUUAUCGUUUUAAACAGAAUAGAUUAGAAUGGAUGAGAAAAUAUAUUGGUAUGGUUGUUUUAGUUGUUAGUCAACUUUGGAGUACAUGGGAAAUUGAAGAUCAAUUUAAUAAAAUGCUAACACUAAAUCAAUCUUCAGCAAUGAAAACAUAUGUUAAACAAUUAAAUUCUCAAAUAGAAGAAAUAGUUUUUGAAAUGCGAAAAUCUUUAACUUUAAAUGAAUAUAAUAAAUAUGAAACAGUUCUUACUAUUGAUGUACAUAUUCGUGAUAUGGUUGAUAUAUUAAUCCGUGAUGGAAUAAAUGAAUCUCAUGAUUUUGCAUGGCAAUGUCAAUUACGUUUCUAUUGGUUGUCAAAAGAAGAUAAUUUAUAUUUACAACAAUGCAAUGGAAAAUUUGAAUAUGGAUAUGAAUAUAUGGGUCUUAAUGGUCGUCUUGUAAUUACACCAUUAACUGAUCGAAUUUAUUUAACAAUUACACAAGCUUUAUCAAUGUUUCUGGGUUGUGCACCAGCUGGACCAGCUGGUACUGGUAAAACAGAAUCCAUCAAAGAUCUUGCUAAAGCUAUGGGUCUUCUUUGUGUGGUUACUAAUUGUGGUGAAGGAAUGGAUUAUCAAGCAAUUGGUAAAAAUUUAAAUGGUCUAUGUCAAACAGGUGCAUGGGGUUGUUUUGAUGAAUUCAAUCGUAUUGAAGCAUCCGUACUUAGUGUUGUGUCUACUCAAGUAAAAAGUAUUCAACAAGCAUUAUCAUUGCAUCUGACGGAAUUUCUUUUCGAACAUAAUGAAAUUCGACUUCUUUCAACAGUUGGAAUAUUUAUAACAAUGAAUCCUGGUUAUGCUGGUCGAACAGAAUUACCUGAAUCAGUGAAGAAUUUAUUUCGACCUGUUGUUGUUGUUAUUCCGGACUUACAAUAUAUUGGAGAAAUAAAAUUAUUUGCGAAUGGUUUUAUAAAUGCAAGAAUUUUAGCUAAAAAAAUGGUAACAUUAUAUCGUUAUGCAUCGGAAUUACUUAGUAAACAAUAUCAUUAUGAUUGGGGUUUAAGAAGUUUUAAAGCUGUUUUAUCAAUGACAGGUUAUUUAAAACGAACAACAAUGAAAGAUACUUCCGAAGAAAUCGUUCUUUUAAGAGCUUUACGUGAUAUGAAUAUACCAAAAUUUAUUUCUGAUGAUGUUAAUUUAUUUCAUACAUUAUUAAAUGAUUUAUUUCCUAAUAUCACUUGUCCAAAAAUACACUAUGAAGAUUUAAAUCGAAUAAUUGAAGAAGUAUUAAUUAAACAACAAUAUAUUCUAAUUCCAGAACAAAUUGAAAAAAUUAUUCAGUUAUAUGAAACAAUGAUGACACGUCAUUCAACAAUGUUAGUUGGACCAACAAGUGGUGGAAAAACAGUAAUAUUAAAUACUCUAGCUGAAGCACAAACUCAAAUGGGAAUAAAAACAACUCUUUAUACAGUCAAUCCAAAAGCAAUAAGUAUUAUUGAAUUAUAUGGUAUACUUGAUCCAUUGACAUCUGAAUGGACUGAUGGGAUUGUCUCAAUGUUAUAUCGAAUGAUUAAUCGACCAACAAUACGUAAUGAAAGACGUUAUAUUGUAUUUGAUGGUGAUGUUGAUGCACUAUGGAUUGAAAAUAUGAAUUCAGUUAUGGAUGAUAAUAAAUUAUUAACAUUAGCUAAUGGAGAACGUAUUCGUUUACAAGAUUAUUGUUCUUUAUUAUUUGAAGUUGGUGAUUUAAAAUAUGCAUCACCAGCAACAGUAUCUCGAUGUGGAAUGGUUUAUAUUGAUCAAGAAAAUGUCGGUCCUAAUCCAGUAUGGAAACGUUGGUUAAAUAUGAAUGUAAUUGAUCGAUUAUAUGAAAGAAACCAAUUAGAUUUACUUUAUGUUCGAUAUAUAAAUAAUAUAAUGAAUUUGAUUUAUCAAGGUUUAACAGAAACUGAACGUAGACCAAGAAUGAAAAUGAUUAUACCAUUAACUCAAGUCAAUAUUAUGAUACAAUUUACAAAAUUACUUGAUUCUUUAUUUUUACCAUUGAUUAAAAAUGAGAAAAAAAAUCAAUUUCAACUAACUUCAGAUCUUAUCCAUGCUUGUUUUCUUCAAACAAUGAUUUGGUCAUUCGGUGCUUGUUUAAAACAAGAAGAUCGUAUAAUAUUAGAUACUUUUAUUAAAUAUCUAUCAGGUCUUUCACUUGUAUCCGCUGGUUCAAAAGCUAAAUCUGGACAAUUACCUAAUGAGAAACCUUUAUUAUUCGAUCAUGUAUUUCAACCUGAACUUGAUCAAUGGAUAAAAUGGGAUGAUCUUAUACCGAAAUAUGAACAUGAUCGAUCGAAACGAUUCUAUGAAUUAUUUGUUUCAACUGCUGAUACGAUUCGUUUAGAAUGGUUAAUGAAAUCGAUGAUAUCAAUUCAUCAACCUGUUCUAUUUGUUGGUGAUACUGGAUCGAGUAAAACAGCUACAAUUCAAUCCUAUAUUCGACAUUUUGAUUCACGUUAUAUUAAUUUAAAUUUAAAUUUUUCUUCACGAACAAAAUCAAUCGAUGUACAACGUACUAUUGAAAGUCAAUUAGAAAAAUAUUCGAAAAAUACCUAUGGCCCAUCAGCUGGAAAUAAAUUAAUUAUAUUUCUCGAUGAUUUAUCUAUGCCAAAAAUCGAUCAAUAUGGUACACAACAAGCAAUUGCUUUACUUAAAUUACUCAUUGAAAAACAUGGCAUGUAUGAACGAAAUAGUGAACUGAAUUGGAAAUUUAUUACAGAUAUUGACUGGAUUGCUGCUAUGGGUACUCCUGGUAAUUCGUUUGCUUUUAUCGAAACAAAUAAACCGAUCAUUUUUCUAGGUGGAAGUAAUAAUAGUAUUGAUCCUCGUUUUAUUAGUCAUUUUAAUGUUUUUUAUAUUACAUCGCCAUCAUAUGAAUCGUUAUUUCGUAUAUUUUCAACAAUUUUACAAAGUCAUGUAAGAACAUUUUCUCCGGAAAUACAAGGAAUCAUUCCAAAUAUAAUUCAUUCUACUUUACAAAUCUAUGAAAAUAUACUUCGCUUAUUUGUUCCAACACCAAUGAAAUGUUAUUAUAUAUUUUCAUUGCGUGAUCUUAGUCGAAUAAUUCAAAGUCUUUUACAAACUAUACCUGAACGAUUUGAUACGAAAGAAAGAUUUCUACGUGUUUGGGUACAUGAAUGUAUUCGAAUAUUUUCUGAUCGGUUUAAUAAUUUAAAAGAUCUUGAAUUAUUUAAUAAAAUUCUUGAAGAAAAUUCUUUAAUUAAAGAGGAAAAAAUUUAUUUAUUACGUAAACCAAUUUUAUUUGCUGAUUAUCGUACAGCAUUACAAGAUGAUGAACCAAAAAUUUAUGAAGAUUUACAAGAUUAUCAAGCAAUAAAAUCAAUAUUUGAUGAAAUUAUUGUUGAAUUUCAAGAACAAUAUGGUUAUAAGAAUAUAGUUUUAUUUAAUGAUGCACUUGAACAUAUAACACGUAUAUAUCGUGUACUUCGUUUAGAUCGUGGACAUUUAUUAUUGAUUGGUGUUGGUGGUUCCGGAAAAAAAUUACUUUCAAAAAUUGCUGCUUUUACUGCUAAAUAUGAAAUAUUUGAAAUACAAUUAACGAGAAACUAUAAUGAAAUAUCAUUUCGAGAUGAUUUAAAAAUUUUAUUUAACCAAGUUGGAUUAAAAAAUAAGAAAACAGCUUUUAUUUUAAAUGAUGCACAAAUUAUUGAUGAGAAUUUUCUUGAAUAUAUUAAUAAUAUUUUAUCGAAUGGAAUGAUAACUACAUUAUAUAAUGAAGAGAAACAAGAUGAAAUUAUUAAUGAAAUACGUGAAGAAGCAAUGAAAAUGUUUCGAAUUGGUUCAUCAAAUGAAAAUAUUUGGAAUUAUUUUAUUCAGAAAUGUACAACGAAUUUACAUAUUAUUUUAUGUAUGAAUCCAAAUGGAGAUCUAUUACGAAACCGGUGA